UUUGGAACGCGGCGUGCGUUUCACGCGGAGACGUUUACUAGGAAGGAGUCGAGUCUGUCCUGCGGUUACCAAGAUCGAGACAUGGAUGGAUUUCACCUGACGGCUCGAGACACAGACCGCCGGACGCCCGUUACGGGGGCCAACAAGGGCCGGGAGACAUGAGAAAUCAAACGGAGGACGGGGCAGGUGUUGCGUCCCUGUCCUGCUCCCCCGUGCGGCUGCUGUUACAGAGUGUGGAAUCCACUUUUGGUGGCCCUGAUGACCUCACUGAUUGCCCCCCAGAGACGAGCGACCUCCAACCUGGGGUCUCCACUCACACUCCGCUGGAUCACGUGCUGAGUGCAAUCGCACAGAGGAAUUUUCCCUCCCCGAUUCCGUCAGCCGCUCAGGCCGAUCGUGUCAGCCGCUUGAUCCGUCUCACCACCCAGCGGCACUUCCUGUUCCUGUCCCGCCAUCUUGCCGUGUGCCUGAAGGGGGCCACAGAUUUAAUUAACCAUCUGUGCGCUAGACUGGAUCAGGGACCCCUCAGGCCAUCAGAAAUGGGAGCUCUUUGCCGCCGGCUGCGGCAACAGAUCCGGAACAUGAGGACGUUCCAGCGGACGCUCCGCGAGGACCGGUGGCCGUCCCCGAGCUCUCCCGCCCUCCGUCGGGCUGUGGGGCAGAUGCAGAGGGUGCUGGCGCUCCAGUGUGCGCAGGCCGCGCGUCUCACGGAGCAGUGUAUUCUCUCUGUGCUGCGCCACGUGGCACUCUCGCCAUCAGAUGCCUCGGGAGAGCUGGCCCAGGCUCUGUCUGUCUACAACCACGGGGUAUCUGAGCUCCGCGCAGGGGCAGAACGCUGCAAAGGACUAUCCGUGUUCUCCACCCUCAGGGCGAUGAGGCUUGUGGCAGAGCAGAGGGGCCCCGCGCUGGCGAGGUUGUUCUGCCAGGGUCCGCAUAGGCCGGGCCUGGAGGCCGCCGUCAGGGACAGGUUUGGACGCGGUGUCCAGUGGGAAGCAGCCAGGCUACGGCUCGGCCCGGAUGCGGCCCCGGUUGGUGCUGAGGCUCUGGGGGUUCUGGCCGAGACGGACAGGGACCAAGUGACUGCCCUCCUCCGAAUCCUGGCACAGUUAGACCCCGCGCUGAGGGCUUCCGGCUGGCAUGCGGAUGGCGGCCAUGGUGUGUCUGACGCGGCUCUCUGCACGCAGUACUCUGCCCGUCUGUGGCCGGUGUUUUAUGCCCACGUGUACCCUGCACUGUACCCGGGGCUGAGAGGACGCUGGCAGCUCCCGUCCCUGUCGGCGUGCGGUGAGGCCGCCGCUCUCCCCGCCGUCCAAAACCUUCAGGACACGCUGACGUGCGUGUGGCUCCCGGAGCGCUGCCGCUCGGAGGGCCGGAGUCUGUGCCUGCGCCUCCUCUCCACCUGUGUGUUCGUUGCUUGGGACGGAGGUGUCUGCGCGGCUCUGAGCGCCGCUCUCACUGAUAAGUGUGUGGCGCAUGCAGCCAGGGAGGAGAGCGCGGGGGAGGAGAGCGUGGCGCAUGCAACCGGGGAGGAGAGCGCGGCGCAUGCAGCCGGGGAGGAGAGCGCGGUGCGGAGCAGGACGGCUGGGCUCCUGGCAGGGCUCUGCCGCUGGCUCUGUCUGCUGCUGCCCGGGCCGGACGGUGCGGUGGAGGACGUCUCUCUCGGUCGCUGUGUUUGCACUCUGCAGCUCUGUGAUCUCUGGCUGAGAAGUCGCUCGCAGCUCUAUGUCUCUGCCGGAGCGCUCGGCCAGUUAGCGUUCCUGUCCUAUGGAGACCUCCCUGUCUUGGACAGAGAGACGGACGGACUUUGUGCUGGGAUUUCUGGGAGUGGGAGUUUGAAAUGGCGACUGAGCUUCCGGUUGUAUCAGCGGCUGCAGGCAGCGAGGCGAGGUCUGGAGGGACUGUCUCUGUCUCUCCCGCACGCGCUGGGGACGUCCUGCGAACGCUCAGCCCGUCACGUCUUCCAGCAUCUCAUGCCAGGCGCCCGCUACUGGCGAGGGACCUUCGCUACAGACUCUGUCGUGUCUCCCGGCGAGUACUCGCUGUCGGCGGUCCGUGCCGUGCUGGUGCCGGUUCUGGACGGGGUCCGGAUGCUGCCCGCAGAGGGCCAGGUGGGCUCUCUGGCCGUGGCUGUCAGCAGCUUUAUGGAGGCCUGGAUGGGCCACAUCCUGCGGGAGAAGCUGAAGUUCAGCCUGCAGGGGGCUCUCCGUCUGAGAUGUGACUUUGAGAGCGUCCGUGUGUUGCUGCGCUCUCCCAGCGCGGGGCUGUCUCCGGAGGUGAUGGAGGCCGUGUUUUUCCUCCCCGUAUUCCGGCAGUCGGAUAAUGCCGUCAUCUGUCUCCUUCAGCAGCCGUCUCGCAGGGUCUGCCUGCGCUCUGCCGCGCGGCCGCUGCUCUCCUGCUGCCCCGUUCUGUGCGGAGCCGCCGUGGACAGCGUGUCCGACAGCCUGCAGAGCCUGGAGAGCGUGGAACGCGGAGCGUGGGGGACGCAGCGAUCCGCCACCCAGCACAGCCGCAGCUCCUACCUGCCUCACAACCAGCAGCAGUGGCUGUCUCUGCGGGUCCGCAAGGGCUGGAGCGGCGCGUCUGGGUUAGUGGAGCCGGACACGUCGGAGGGCUGAGCGCCGGCGGCCACGGGC